GGCUGCACUAACUUCCCCGGCUGAGACUUCCUGUUUGUGGGGAGCGGAGCCUCCUCUCUCCCCCAUGAUGGAUCACUAACCUCUCCUUCACACCGACACACAAACCGAACCGUAGGGACGACCCGCUGUCAGAGCUCGGGAAACAGAGCAGGGAGCCGGCCUCAGCUCUCAGGGGGAGCCGCUGUCUGCUGGAGCUAAUGCUAAUCACAGCUAAUGCUAAUUAGCUUGUUAUUUAGCCUGUUUAUAAACCGGGUUAACUAGAGCUAAUGAGGCUAAUUACAGCAGCUAACCCGGGCUAAAGGGCUUUACUGAGUGUGUGUUGAAUAGGGUGUAAUGAUCUCAAAUCAGCCUCUAGUGUUCCCUUUAAAGCCUCUUCCUGUCAGGGUCUGGGUUUAGACCGGAUCUACAUUAAACCGGCUCUGUGAGGUUGUGCUAUGGUUCCUCUGUGAGGUGUAAGAGUCUACAGGGCUUCAGUCUAGGCUCUAAUGUAGUCUGGUUGCAUGAGGGUUUACAUGUGGUUCAGGUCUUGGUGAAUAUAGUUUUACUCAGCCUUUAACUGUUCCCUUUAAAUCCGUCUCCAUUCAAGUGUCCUUUCUGUGCUCAGACCCGGUCUAAAACCCAAGGUCUGUUGUGGUCCCAGUGAGAGGUCAGUUCAGGUUCUAGUGUAUUCUGGUUACAUGAGGGCUGGAUUCAGGACUGUGGUUCAGGUUUUGUUGAAUUUAGUUAAAUCUGCCUUUAAAGCUCAGUCUGGUUUAAGACCCGGUCCAGUUCACAGGUGUCCUUACUGCGGUUUAAUGUGUUUAAUCAGAUUCUGGUGGUUAGGGUUCUUAUCUGUUUACAGCCGGUCUGGAUCUGGUCUGGACUUCAAUUAUAUGUACUUCACAUACAGAUUGGUUUGAAACCUGGUUCUGGUUUUAUUCCUGGAUUUAAGUGUCCUUACGUGGGUACCUCAGGUUUGUUAGACUUGGUUCCUGAAUUUGGUCUGGCCUGGCUUAUAUAGAGGAAUGACAUCAGACAGUCUCGGGUCUAGAACUGGUUUUAAUGUCAGACCUGAUCAGUUUGUGAUCCUGAAGAUAGUUGGUGCUAGUUCUGUUUCUGGAUGCAGUUAGUGCCAGUCUAAGUGGGUUCAGUCCCGGUUUAGAACCAGGAUGGCGGACGUCCAGCAGACCCCCACCUCUCUGUGCUGCUGCCGUAAAUCCCCUCCAGUCUCGGGGAGUCCCGGGUUCCGGCCAUCAGCAGGUCCUGGUCCCAGGACCCCGCGGUGCCCCCUGGUGGACGUGACUUCGGCGUCUAACUUCCGCUGCUUCACGCUGAGACACCUUCACCUGGAUCUCCGGAUCAACUUCGCCGUGAAGGAGCUGAGCGGCUGGCUGGUUCUGGACCUGGUCCCGAUGCAGCCAGGGGUCCAGACCCUGGUUCUGGACUCCCACCCCUCCCUUCUGAUCCAGUCCAUAGACUGUAAGGUCCCGGGUCAGAUGGAUCCGCUGUCCCUCACCUACCGGGUCGACCCGUUCACGGACUACGGGUCAUCCCUGAACAUCAGCCUGCCCCCCAACGCCCUGACUGGCCGGCUGAUCCAGAUCACUGUCCGGUACAGUACCACGGACGGACCGGCGAUCUGGUGGCUGGACUCGGAGCUCACCUGUGGACAGACCCGGCCUCUGGUCUUCACUCAGGGACACUCGGUCUGCAACAGAUCCUUCUUCCCAUGCUUCGACACUCCUGCUGUGAAGAGCACUUACACUGCGUCUGUGAGGGUCCCAGAGGGGGUGACAGUUCUGAUGAGUGCGUCCCGGAGCUCCUACUCCAAGCCCGACCGGGUCUUCCAGUUCUCCAUGGAGUAUCCCGUCCCAUCCUACCUGGUGGCUCUGGUGGCCGGAGAGCUGCAGCACGUGGACGUGGGCCCGCGGAGCCGGGUGUGGGCAGAGCCCUGCCUGCUGCAGGUGGCGGUGAAGAAGCUGGGGGGCAGCGUGGAGCGCUGGCUGGGUGUUGCAGAGCAGCUGUUCGGACCGUACUUGUGGGGCAGGUGCGACAUCGUUUUCCUCCCCCCCUCCUUCCCCAUCGUUGCCAUGGAGAACCCCUGCCUCACCUUCAUCAUCGCCUCGAUCCUGGAGAGCAGCGAGUUCUUGCUCAUCGACGUGGUCCACGAGAUCGCCCACGGCUGGUUCGGGAACACCGUCACCAACGCCAGCUGGGAGGAGAUGUGGCUGAGCGAGGGCCUCGCCACCUACGCCCAGCGCCGCAUCACCACCGAGGCCUACGGUGAGGCAUUCACCUGCCUGGAGACAGCCGUCCGAUUGGACGCUCUACACAGACAGCUGCGGCUCCUGGGAGACAACAGCCCUGUGAGCAGACUGCAGGUCAAGAUCCAGCCAGGUGUGAACCCUUCCUCCCUGAUGAACCUCUUCACUUAUGAGAAGGGUUUCUGUUUCGUGGCGUAUCUGUCGCAGCUCUGUGGAGACGUGAGGAGCUUCGACUGCUUCCUCAGGGAUUACAUCUCACAGUUUAAGUUUAGGAGCGUCGUGGCUCUGGACCUCCUCGACUUCUUCCUGGAUUAUUUCCCCGAGCUGGGGGGGAGGUCUGUCUCCCAGAGAGAGGGUCUGGAGUUUGAGCGCUGGCUGAGCGGUACCGGCCCCCCCCUGUUUGAGCCGGACCUGUCAGCGGGGGGGAAUCUGACCCAGCCCGUCAGAGAGCUGUGUGACCUGUGGGGGGGAGGCAGCUCCCCCGAACUCACCUCGCUAACCCCCUACAACCUCAACGCCUGGAGCUCCUUUCAAAUCGUCCUGUUCCUGGAUCGCAUGCUCGACCUGUCCCCCCUUAAAACAGAUGUGAUGUCCUGUCUCUCUUCCUGUUACUCCCCCCUGUUUGCUGGUCUGAAUGCUGAGGUCCAGGUCCGCUGGCUGCAGAUGGUGGUGAGGAACUCCUUCUCCCCGGAACUGCCCCGAGUCAGAGCCUUCCUGCACAAACAUACCUCCAGGAUGUACACGGUCCCUCUAUACGAUGACCUGGUUGCCGGGGUGAUGAAAGGCGUUGCCGUGGAGAUCUUCAACCAGACGCAGCGCCGCCUGCAUCCAAACCUGAGACGCACUCUGCAGCAGAUCCUCUUCCCGACCAAUCACGGCGCUCCGUCCAUCCCAGCAUCUGCCCCCUCUUCCUCCCCAACUGCCUUCCCACAGCCUGUCGCCACGGCAACCAUUGCUCUGCAGGACGUAAAUGUGUCGGCGUGAUCACGCGACUCUCAGCGUCAUGUGACCUUUAGCGCAAUGUGACCUUUAGCGUCAUGUGAACUUCAGCGUCAUGUGACCCUCAGCGCCAUGUGACCUUCAGUGUCAUUUGACCGGCAGCAUCAUGUGACUCAGCGUCAAGUGACUCUCAGCGUCAAGUGACCUUCAGCGCCAUGUGACUCUCAGCGUCAUGUGACCUUUAGCGUCAUGUGAACUUCAGCGUCAUGUGACCUUAAGCCUCAUGUGAACUUCAGCGUCAUGUGACCUUAAGCGUCAUGUGAACUUCAGCGUCAUGUGAACUUCAGCGUCAAGUGACUCUCAGCGUCAAGUGACCUUCAGCGUCAUGUCACCUUCAGCGCCAUGUGACCUUCAGCGCCAUGUGACCGGCAGCAUCAUGUGACCUCUCAGCGUCAAGUGACCUUCAGCGUCAUGUGACCUUCAGCGCCAUGUGACUCUCAGCGUCAUGUGACCUUUAGCGUCAUGUGAACUUCAGCGUCAUGUGACCUUUAGCGUCAUGUGAGCUUCAGCGUCAUGUGACUGUCAGCGUCAAGUGACUCUCAGCGCCAUGUGACUCUCAGCGUCAUGUGACCUUUAGCGUCAUGUGAACUUCAGCGUCAUGUGACCUCUCAGCGUCAAGUGACCUUCAGCGUCAUGUGACCUUCAGCGCCAUGUGACUCUCAGCGUCAUGUGACCUUUAGCGUCAUGUGAACUUCAGCGUCAUGUGACCUUCAGCGUCAUGUGACCUUCAGCGCCAUGUGACCUUCAGCUCCAUGUGACCGGCAGCAUCAUGUGACUCUCAGCAUCAUGUGACUCUCAGCGUCAAGUGACUCUCAGCGUCAUGUGACUCUCAGCGUCAUGUGACCUUUAGCGUCACGUGACCUUCAGCGCCAGGUGACCUUCAGCGUCAUGUGACCCUCAGCGACAAGUGACCCUCAGCGCCAUGUGACCUUCAGCAUCAUGUGACCUUCAGCGUCAUGUGACCCUCAGCGUCAAGUGAUCCUCAGCGCCGUGUGACCCUCAGCGUCGUGUGACCUUCAGCGUCGUGUGACCGGCAGCGUCGUGUGACCUUCAGCGUCAUGUGACCGGCAGCGCCAUGUGACCUUCAGCGUCAUGUGACCCUCAGCGUCAAGUGACCCUCAGCGCCAUGUGACCCUCAGCGUCGUGUGACCUUCAGCGUCAUGUGACCGGCAGCGUCGUGUGACCUUCAGUGUCGUGUGACCUUUAGCGUCGAGUGACCUUCAGCGUCGUGUGACCUUCAGCGUCGUGUGACCUUUAGCGUCGAGUGACCUUCAGCGUCGUGUGACCUUUAGCGUCAAGUGACCUUUAGCGUCAAGUGACCUUCAGCAUCGUGUGACUCUCAGCGUCGAGUGACCUUCAGCGUCGUGUGACUCUCAGCGUCGAGAGACCUUCAACGUCAUGUGACCGGCAGCGCCAUGUGACCUUCAGCGUCAUGUGACUUUCAGCGUCAUGUGACCUUCAGCGCCAUGUGACCGGCAGCGUCAUGUGACCUUCAGCGUCAUGUGACCUUCAGCAUCAUGUGACUUUCAGCGUCAUGUGACUUUCAGCGUCAUGUGACCUUCAGCGUCAUGUGACUUUCAGCACUUCUUCCUCUAAACUCUGAGCUGCUCAAAGCUACCCGGAGACCUAGUGACGCCUUCUCUUAUUGGACGUCAGCGAGACUCCUAUUGGACGCCAGGUCUGUGCCUUAUUCCCCCUCAGUGCACUUUAUCUGAUGACUUGAAAUGAGACAGGAGCGUUUCAGCUCCUCUUCCUCUU